ACUAUCAACUCAAGUUACAAUCGAAUUGCUUUCCAUUCAUUGCUUCAAAUCUGCUUUUUCUUCUCUUCUCAAACACUGGUUUAGCUGGAUACAAUCCCAUGAGUUUCUUUGGGUUCGAUACUGCCCUCCCAUCCGAGGCAGAUUCUUCAGAACCUGUUCGUGCUGCUCAUGGUCGUCGCACAAACAAUCACAGACAGCAUUCUACUUCCCCUGCUAAUGCCAGUCAGACUGGAAAAGGUCUGCAAAAGAAGCAGUCUAGGUCUCGUCAGCAGUCUGGUCCGUUGGUUGAUAAAGGUUCUCAGUCAAGUACAAACAAAGACUCGUCCAGGCAAGACCAGCAUCAGCUGCUCGGAUUGCAAUCUGGUGUUGCUGUGAGUGACAAUAUGGAUGGUGAUCAUCUGGACGAAAUGCUUAGAGACCGCUAUGAAAACAGUCUGGAUACCUUUGGUGAUAACGACCAGCUUAUGGAAAACUAUACAAGAGCCUUGGAUGAAGAAAACCAAGACCUUAAUGACGAAACAUUCGGUGAUGCUGCUAUUGAUCCUUCUGGUCGUGAUUUUCAAUAUGCAAACCAUAAUGUUCCGCACGAGUUAGAUCGUCAAGGACCUGCUCGUCCUAGUGCUGAAGGAUCUCCUAUUUCCAAGUCUCAACAGUUGCAGCAAAAGAAUGAACUUAUGGCUGCUCAGCAGCAGCGUCGGCUUAUGCAGCAGCAGGCUGCUGAAAACAUGCGAAAUCAAUCUGCAUUUAAUACAAUGCCUGGCGCUCCAUCAAACCAUCCCCAAGUAGCACCACAGUACAUGAGACAAAUGCCACCUUCUUAUAAUGGUGGUGGGCUUUCUGGUAUUUCUUCAAACAAACCCAUGUCAAGUUUUCAAGAAAUCGAGGCUCAGAUGAUGCGGCAGGCACGUAUGGGUGCAUCGAAUACCAUAAAAAUGGAUCAGUCUCAUCUACUAUCUUCAGAUCAUAUGUUUUCUUCUAGACGUGUAGUGGAUCAUUUACAUCCUCAUAAUGCUGGCACACCUCCCACACAAGGUGGGGGUGUGUUUUCUCAAAGAUCACCACAGGGUAUGCAGUCUAUGAUAAAUAUGUCUGAAGUAGAAGCCGCAAUGCGAUCUCGUCAAGCUCAGUUUGGAAUGCAAUUACCAUCACCAAUGCACCAAUCUAUGAUGUCCAACAACAACUCACCUCCAAUGAAUGCAUCUGAUAUUGAAACUAUGCUACGUGCCCAACAAAUGGGUCAAAACUCUCAGAUUCAACUUAACCAGCAGCUCCAUUCUUCUCAAUUCCAGCAGAUGCAUCCCAUGAUCCAACAACACGGUCAACCCCUUAUGCGCAGUGAGAUGAUACCAGGGCGUUACGAUUAUGCCUCGAGUCCACCUGUUCAAAACAGUCCCAAUACAAUGUUUAUUGAGGAACAGCUUCGGCGUCAGCAGUUGGGUGAAAUACAGCGCGAGCAUCCAAUGCAACCAUCUCAAGGUGGCUUGUCCGAUAAUCAGACCAAUCGGCUUGCAAGUAACUUGCCUCAGCACCAGCCGUCAGUGGUUCCUGAACAACAGUUUACAUCGCACGAUCUUGAUUAUGCCGAAGAUCUUGAAAAUGAGAUUGGAUUUGAAGAUCCAGACUGCCUUGAAGAGAUUCAAACCAAAUCCAAACUGCACAAACAAAAAUUGGAAGAUGAACGCGAUCAACCCAUUUUUGCUGUGGAUACUGAUGAAGAUUUUCCUGCUCUUGGUGCUACUCGAACUACAAAUUCCAAUAACUUUAAGAAUAAUAGCCGCAGUAAGCAACCAUUCAACAAUACUAUCCAGAAAAAGUAUAAAAACCAGCGGGAACGUCAUCAAGGCGAUCAGCGAAUUCCUAUCGACUUUGUUCACCGUGAGCGUGAAAGGUUUACACCUAAUGACAGCCAUCUUUCUCGUGAGGCGCGAUACAAGGGACUGAUGCGUAAAUUUGAAAUGGAGUAUAUUGCCAAAAUUCAGGUUUCUAAUUUGUUCUCUGAAGAUCCACACAAGGACGACUACUACUAUCAUCGUAUAAAGGAGCAAACGUUGUCCCUUGAAGGAACUCUAGGUAAAAUUACUUCUACAACAUCGCGUAACCCUAAAAAAGCAAUUCAAGUAGCGACUUCGUCACCAUCCGAAGGUCAUCAGAGUAGCGUAUCUAGUGGUAAUGCACUCUCUGCUGGAGUUGUUUUAAAAAGUAUUGAAAAAGUAUAUAGCACUGUACUUGAUUUGGAGUAUUUACAACAGUCGAAAAAUCAUGAAGCUGAAUCCGAUGAGGAGAAACCCAGCAAAUAUCUACAUACGCAGAAUAAAUUGUGGACCUCGCUCCGAGUCAUGGAAUCGACACCCAACACAAUGCAGCAUCCGUUUGUAUGCAUGCUUAACUAUUCCAAAGGAGCUCGCAUUCUUCCUCGUGCUUUGAGAUUUUUUGAUCGUAACCAGCUUAUGCAGAUAUUUGCAGUCAUUUUGAAUCGCUUCGAGUGCCUCAAAGUCAGCAACAUUUUUACUGGUAUUCAAAAUUCAGACGUGGAUGCAUUUAUGGGGAAUGUGAUUCCAUUGCUGGUGGGUGUCAUUUCCGAAGCACCCAUGAUUGCAGUCAUCUCGCUUGCCCGCACUGUCCUUGAGCGACACAAUAUCAUCUGGUUUGCUAAAAACAAGGUUGGCAUUUCCAUUCUUACUAUGCUACUUAGUCGUGCUGAAGUGUUGAAACAAGGUCUUCCCAAUAUCCGGGCACCAUCAGAGCAGGAGCUUGGCAUGUGGAGCGAGAUUUACAAUUUCUUAUUCCAGUCCUUGCAAGGACACUUUUCAUCCUUAUUUCCUACCAAUCCUUUAUCAGCGGAUAAUGUUUGCGUAUGGCAGUUUAUGUCUGCAGUUGCAGUAGGCGCAUCUGGUAUUGAUCAUCAACGAAUUCUGGUCACUGAAGUGCGUGAGCAUGUCAUGCAUGCAUCCAAAACGGGCGAUCCAAAAGCGUUGGAUAAUGUCAAUUUGUUUUUGAAUGCCUUGGGAUUGGGAAUCAGCGCUGCCCAGCUUGCCGCCAUGCCUAUAUAAACAUAUCGAGGUUGCUGUUUUUUGGUAGGAUUGGAUUUCCCGUGGUUUGUUCUAUAGUCUUGAUUCAACUUAUUUCUCUAGUUGCAGCCAUAUUCGCGUAAAAUGGAGUCCUUUAUCUUGCAUUGUCUCUGUUUUGCUUUGGAAUAAACAAUAGUCAAAUAUUC